UUGGGUUAUAAUAUUGUAGCUUUCUGAGCUCAGCGGGGCUUUGUCUGCAGAAAGGCCCGAAGGCGAGAACCAAAAACCGGAAAGUAUCUUAAAAUGUGGUUCCAGAUGUUUAGAAUAAGGCACAAGAGUGGACACAGUCUGCCCAUAUAUCGAAAAGCAGAGCUAAACAUGGCGCUAUUAGCGGGCUGAUUUAUUCGCUGUAUUGGUAAAUAUGACCACGUGACACAUGUAACCAAUCCCAGUAGAUGAGGCCAGCAAAAUACUAUGAUUGUUCCGAGGGACGCUUCCCGUAACAGUGUAACCUUUUAUAUGAGUAAGAAGAGAUCAAAAAUGUCCACCAGUAGCACUCUUGGUAACUGUUAUGUCGAGUCCAUCAUGGGCCACGACGCGGAGGACAUGUACGGUGCGCGGUUUAUCCAAGGUCCGCACACGGUGACCCCAAGGCCACCAGGUGCCGGCGACAACGGAGACUUCUCCUCCUGUAACUUCGCCCCCAAGUCGGCGGUGUUCCCCUCGUCCUGGUCCUCCGUCCACCCGCACUCCAGCGCUGCUCUGUCGGGGAUCUACCACCCGUACGCGCACCACCAGCCCCACAUCUCCGCCGCGGACAGCAGAUACGUCCGGUCGUGGAUAGACCCCCUCUCCAACCACGUCUCGUUUUCCGGGGGCUUCCACCACUCCUCCGCCGGGCGUCAGUACGCAGCCAAGCCCGAGAGCGUCCAGGCGAAGAGCAGCGAGUGCGGCGCUGCGCCGGGCUUCGAGUCCCGGGAGCCUCGUCCGGUCGCGGCGGUGGAUUUCGCGUGUGGAGUAUCCGAGAGAACCGACACGAAGACGCCGCCGAAGGAGGUUCACGUUGGAAGUGAUCUUUCGAGCCACAGCGAGCCGAAAGAAGAGAAACAACAACUUGACCCAAACAACCCGGCCGCUAACUGGAUUCAUGCUCGGUCCACCAGAAAGAAGCGCUGCCCGUACACAAAGUAUCAGACUCUAGAGCUGGAGAAGGAGUUCUUGUACAACAUGUAUCUGACCCGGGACCGGCGCUACGAGGUGGCCCGCAUACUGAGCCUCACCGAGCGGCAGGUGAAGAUCUGGUUCCAGAACCGGCGGAUGAAGAUGAAGAAAAUGAACCGGGAGAGGAACAGCAAGGAUCACCUGUGAUUCAGUUUCUUCUCAUGCGUUUUAUGUUUGUGCGAUCAGGUUAUUUUAUUUUUUGAGCGUCUUAGAUUUAGCCAAUUUUGUAAUUACAUCGUCCGACUCAGGGUCUGGACUCAGGCCCGGGUUGGGGACCUAGGCCCGGGGUCUGGAGUGGACCCAGGCCUGGGUAGUCGAUCCAGGCCCGUGGUGGGGACCAGACCCGGGCCUGGGAUGUGUUCACGGGUCGACCACCUAGUAGGCACGCAGUGGUCGGGGAAGAAGACACCACAACGUCAACACAUGCACCAUUAAAGACGGUUUCCAGGUCGCCUGUGUCUUGAUCCGGUAAACGUAGCCACGAGGCCCCCUUCUUGAUAAUUAACUAAUAUUCUUAUGUUGAUUUUUUGAAAUUGCAUUUAACAAAAAGCAAGUAAAUACUUAUUUUUCUUUUUGUUUCAAAGGAGGAUAAGAGCAGUGUAUCGAGUGUCGGUUUUCUAAUCUGGGUUAGAAUUUGUAAAUUGCUGUAAAAAUGUUAAUUAAAGUGUAGCCUAUAGUUGAAGGCCUUUCCGCUGAGGGGCUGUACGACACGCCUGCGUCUUCUGUCCCUGUUUUUUUUAAGUCGUUUUGUUAGACAUGAGAACAAUUAGACAACGUUUUUAAAAAUUGCUUAAAUAAAUGACUUUAUG